AUGAGCCAUCUGGGCAGGGCAUUCCUCGCUCCCGGAACGCUGAGCACGCCGGCUGGCGCUUCAAUCCAAGUUCCUUGCGGACGGACGGACCGGACAGGACGCACAGCCGGCCAGUCCAGUGGAGCUUUCCACUCAGCCAUGGCUGGCGCCGUGGCAGCUUCGGCCCUCGUAGCUUUGCAGAAGCUUGGGCUUCGCUCGAGCUCGGGCGUGCAGCGUCGUGCGUUCUCAGCGGCCAAGUCUCUGAGACAUCAGCCACUCAAGCAGCGGGCUUCUUUGACUGGUCGCAUGGCCGCGACGGUGCUGGCUCCUCCAGGUGAGCUUCUCGGUGUGGCACCAGACGAGAAAUACAACGUUCCGGCCGGUGUCCGAGAGAAGCUCGGCAAGGAUCUCUUGUUGAACCCCAAGCAUCCUCUGGGGAUCUUGUGGAGAACGGUUCAGGACUAUUUUGAAGAGCAGGAUCCGAACUGCAAGUUCUUCGACACUGAAAAGCCGGUUGUGAACACAGUGGACUGCUUCGACAAGUUGCGAGUUCCACCAGAGCACCCAUCUCGAUCGCCAUCGGACACUUACUAUGUGAACAAAGACUAUGUCUUGAGAACUCACACUUCCGCACACCAAUGCCAGUUCUUGAGCCAGUAUCCCAAGAUUACAUCCUUCUUGUGUGCCGGCGAUGUCUACAGGAGAGAUGAGAUUGAUGCAUCGCACUAUCCAGCCUUCCACCAGUGUGAAGGGGUCAGGCUCUUUGAUGCGGAGAAGGUCUCACGAGAGGAAGUCCUGGAGGAUUUGAAGAAGACUCUGGAAGGCUUGGCCGCCCAUUUGUUCCAGCUUAAGACAGGGGAAGAUACUAUGCGAUGGCUUGACGAGUAUUUUCCCUUUACCGAGCCAUCUCUGGAGCUGGAGAUCUUCUAUCAGGACGACUGGAUGGAAGUGCUGGGCUGUGGCGUCAUUCACCACGAUGUCUUGCGGAACGCCGGCCUGGACCCGGCGAAGGUCCACGGCUGGGCUUUUGGCCUCGGGCUCGAGCGCCUAGCCAUGGUGCUCUUCGGCAUUCCUGACAUUCGUCUCUUCUGGUCAGAGGAUCCUCGUUUCUCUGAACAGUUUGCCCCGGAGUCCUUUGCUGAGAAGACACGAUUCAAGCCUUUCUCCAAGUAUCCUCCUGUGCUCAAGGACAUCAGCAUGUGGAUCCCAGAGAGCUUUGCUGAUAAUGACCUGUUCGAGAUGAUUCGCGAUGAGGGCGGUGACCAGGUCGAGAAGGUGGAUCUGAUGGACGACUUCACGCAUCCGAAGACAGGAAAAAGAUCCAAGAUGUUCCGAGUGACCUGGCGAGACAUGUCACGGACUCUGACGAACGAGGAGGUCAAUGCCAAGCACGAGACCGUGCUGGAGCGUUUGGUCAAAGAGCUCGAGGUUGAGUUGCGGUAG